AGUUCUGAUUUUACCAUUCCUAACCAAUGGUCUACACGUGCGGCCCGCUGUUUUGGAAAAAUAAUUGAAACUGAAUAAACAAUGGCUCAGUCCGAGUUAUUGCAACGCUUACAUGAGGAUUACAACCUCGAGCAUGGCAUAGAGACAAAAGAAAAUAAGAAACCGUUGGAUUUGCUAACACAGACUAUCAAAUUCAGUGGAUGCAUAAAGCACCUGUUAACCAGUCACAAAGUACCCUAUGCCAACGAAGAAGAUGAUAACACAUACGAAGAGUAUCUUCUUUCGGAUGAUGAAGGCUCUGCUAUACCAAACAAAAAAUCCAAAAAUAAGAAACAAAACAAAGUUGGGGCUGAAGAUGAAGUAGAGGAGCGCAUUGCUUCAAUCAAGAACAAAUUGCGGCAGAAGAAAGGACCCACUACAGAACGCCAGCAGAAACGGCGUGAGGCCAAGAAGUUGAAGCGCAGCAAAGGUGUUCAAAAAAUUCUGUUGUCGUCAUCGAAAAAUCUGAAAAAUGAAAAUGUCAAACAUCAAAAGCUGAAGGGAGCUAUCAAGACCGAAGACGAAGCAUUGGAAGACGACAAAUCCUUAGUGAAACCCGUUGCGUCACAGCCCGCAUUUAAUCAGGAGGGCAAAAUUGUGUAUUCGAAAGUUGAUUUUGCCGCCAAUCCUGGCGGAAAAACCAAGAGAUCCCAUCAGAACCCAAAAGAGAUUUUGAAGAAACUUAAGGAUACCAAGAAGCAAAUCAAUGAACUGAAGGAACAAGGAGAAACCGAAAAAGUUGCUGAAAUAAAGAAUGAUAUAGCCUGGAAGAAGGCAUUCGAUAAGGUGGAGGGUAAGAAGGUAAAGGACGAUACCAAGCUGCUGCAAAAAGCCAUUAAAAAGCGAAAGGUCGAGAAACGCAAGGCCAAGACAAAAUGGUCAGAACGUAAGGAAAAGGUGGAACAUGAUAAGUCCAAGCGUCAGAAGAAGCGACAAGACAAUCUGGACAAACGCAGCAAGGACAAGAAAACUCGUAAAUUAAAGAAGGCCAGCAAAAAGGGACGCAUUAUAGCGGGCUACUAAUCGGAGCUAUAAUUUUGUAUAAAACUUUGAAAUACAACUCAAACAGAUAACUUAAAUAUAUAUGUGUACGUUAAAACUCAA